UCUGGGUGCGGGUUUGUGGCGCCCGCUGUUACACUUAGUUUUGGGCCGUCCCGCCCAGCGGCUGUGCAGAAUGCGGCUGGGCUCCGGGGCCUUCGCUGCCAGCUGCGUAGCGAUUGAGGUGAUCGGGGUCGCGAUCUUUAUUCGGGGAUUCUUCCCGGCUCCUGUUCGUUCCUUUGCCAGACCAGAGCACGGUGCAGAGACCCCAGCGCCCGAACCCGUAGCAGGAGUCAGUUCAAACUGGACAAAGCUGCCACCACCUCUCUUCAGCAAAGUGGUUAUUGUGCUGAUAGAUGCUCUAAGAGAUGAUUUUGUGUUUGGGUCGAAAGGUGUGAAGUAUAUGCCCUACACAACGUAUCUGGUAGAAAAGGGAGCGUCUCAUAGUUUUGUGGCUGAGGCAAAGCCACCCACAGUUACUAUGCCUCGAAUCAAGGCGUUGAUGACAGGAAGUCUCCCUGGCUUUGUUGAUGUCAUCAGGAAUCUCAAUUCUCCUGUGCUCCUAGAAGACAAUGUGAUAAGACAGGCAAAAGCUGCUGGGAAAAGAAUAAUCUUUUAUGGAGAUGAAACAUGGGUUAAAUUAUUCCCAAAACACUUUGUGGAAUAUGAUGGGACCACAUCGUUCUUUGUGUCAGAUUAUAUCGAGGUGGAUAAUAAUGUCACAAGACAUUUGGACAAAGUAUUAAAAAGAGGAGAUUGGGAUGUGUUAAUCCUUCACUAUCUAGGGCUGGAUCACAUUGGCCACAUUUCUGGGCCCAACAGCCCCCUGAUUGGUCAUAAGCUUAGUGAAAUGGACAGUGUGCUGAUGAAGAUUUACACUUCUCUGCUGUCAAAGGACAGAGAGACUCUCUUACCUAGUUUGCUGGUUCUCUGUGGUGACCAUGGAAUGUCUGAGACAGGGAGCCAUGGGGCCUCUUCCACAGAGGAAGUGAGCACACCUUUGCUCCUAAUCAGCUCUGCAUUUGAAAGGAAACCUGGGGAUAUUCGACACCCAAAGCAUGUUCAGCAGACUGACUUGGCUGCAACACUAGCAAUAGGACUUGGUUUGCCAAUUCCUAAAGACAGUGUAGGAAGCCUCUUAUUCCCAGUUAUAGAGAGAAAACCCAUGAGAGAACAACUGAGAUUUUUACAUUUAAACACAUUACAGCUUAGCAAACUAUUGCAAGAAAAUGUACCAUCGUAUGAAAAAGAUCCUGGAUUUGAGCAGUUUAAAAUGGCAGAAAGGUUGCAUGGAAACUGGGUCAAACUGCACUUGGAAGAAAACCAUUCAGAUAUUCUGCUUGGCCUGGGGACCAAAGUACUGAGGCAGUAUCUGGGUGCCCUGAAGACACUGAGUCUGUCCCUGAGCAAACAAGUGGCUCACUAUGACAUCUACUCAAUGGCAGUGGGGACACUCAUGGUUUUGGAGGUUCUCACUUUGUUCCUCCUUAGCACUCCACAUGUGCUGUGCAGAAAGGCUGAGCUGGAUGUUCCUCUGUUGUCUCCUGUGUUUUCUCUGCUCUUUUACUUGAUAUUUUUGGUUCUUUCGGCCAUUCAUGUCCUGGUGUGCACCUCAUCUGAGAGCUCGUGCUACCUCUGUAGCCUCCCGUGGCUGGCAGCAGGGGCUGUUAUGGUACUUGUUUCUGCGCUGUUCUGUGCAAUUUUGUCUACUCUUAUCAGGAUGGUCACUGACGGCACUCUGCUGAGGAAGAAUGCAGCUGAUGCCAGCUCAGGGUGGUCAGAGGUGAACCUCCUUCUUCUUCUGGGCACAGUAGGCCAUGUUCUGAGCCUGGGAGCCAGCAGCUUUGUGGAGGAAGAGCACCAGACGUGGUAUUUCCUUAUUAAUACUCUGUGCCUGGCUCUGAGCCAGGAAACCUGUAGGAGUUACUUUCUGAGAGAUGAAUGUGAACCCCAGUGUCACUUCCACGUGGAACACAAAUGUGUGAAUCCCCUUGCCUGUACUCUGCAGGACAGCACAAGCUACAGUAGCCCUGAGUCUGACAUAGCAGGUAAACGGGUCUCCUUACUGGAAGCACGAGGAAACUGCAAAUGGUGGACAGUGCUGGCAAGUCCAUGGCUGGUGCUGAUCUGCUGUCGGCUACUGCGGUCCUUGAACCAGACAGGAGUACAGGGAGCCCAUCGUCCUGACCUUAGCCACUGGCUUACUAGCUCUGACCACAAAGUACAGCUCUCAGGCCUGGCUGCCCUCUCCCUGGUUGUAAUCUUCAUGUUAGUUCAAAGGGGAUGCUCUCUUGUAUCCAAGGUGGCCCUAGCACUGGGGCUGCUGGGUGUCUUCUGCUACAGGGCAGCCAUUGGGAUUGUGCUGUUCCCAUGGCAACCAGACAACAAGGUCAUUUCAAAGGGAAUUAUUGAAGCUCGUUUUGUUUAUGUCUUUGUCCUUGGUAUUCUGUUCACUGGUACCAAAGAUUUACUAAAAGCACAAGUCAUUGGAACAGACUUCAAAACCAAGACUGUAGGCUUGUGGGAAAUACAUAGUGGAUUAGUUCUUCUGGCAGCUCUGCUCUUGAGACCACACAAUCUUCCAGUGUUAGCAUUUAGCCUCUUGAUUCAGACUGUAAUGACCAAGUUCAUUUGGAAGCCCCUGAGACAUGAUGCAGCUGAGAUCACUGUAAUGCAUUAUUGGUUCGGUCAAGCAUUCUUCUAUUUCCAGGGUAAUUCCAACAACAUUGCUACCAUCGACAUUUCAGCAGGCUUUGUGGGCUUAGAUACCUACAUGGAAGUUCCAGCCAUAUUCCUCACAGUAUUUGGAACAUAUGUAGGACCUGUGCUCUGGGCCAGCCACCUUGUGUACUUCCUGAGCUCAGAAGGAAACAAUGGUUCAGCACUGAGCCGUGCUUGCUUCUGCUAUGCACUGAUUUGCUCUGUUCCCGUUGCCACAUACAUUGUCCUGGUGACAUCUCUGCGCUAUCACUUAUUCAUAUGGAGUGUAUUUUCUCCAAAGCUUCUCUAUGAAGGAAUGCAUCUGCUCAUCACGGCUGCCAUUUGUGCAGUAUUCACUGCCACAAACCAGACUCGCCACAUGAGGGCUUAGGUGGAAAGAGGUGUUUGGAGCUGAUGUACUGUUCAGUUACGUUUGCAUCAUGGGUUUGAGUCUUGAACUGCUUAGACACAAGAUUAUUCUGAGGUGGAAAAAAAGCAUGUGACGUCUGUGAAAUGAGUGGAUGAUGUAAUCUUACUUAGAUUUAUAUUAAAUAGCAGAUUAACAAAAGACCACCUUAAAUACUUAUGUAUUAAAAUUUCCCUAUUGAUAAUCACUCUUCUGAAAUUUCAGAAAUUUUAAUUUCCUCUGAGUAAGUUGUGACUAUAUAUGCUUAAAUUGAUGGAAGAAAAAGUUCUGGACUUUGUCAUUAUAUUUAUCUCAGAGAGCCCAGGAGCCCUGUAGGAGGAGGUGUGUGUGCUACAGGGAUACAUCAAAGACCUCAGAAUUCUAAGAACUCUUCAAAUCAGAGCCAGUAGCAUUUGAAAUGAAAACUAAAUCAUUUCAAAGCAUUAUUCAUUUAAAAAAUAACGUGUUGGUGGACAAGGUAUAACAUACUUGCAUAAUCCCAGUACUUAAGAAGGCAGAACCAAGAAUAUUAUGAUUUCCAGACUGCUUAGGCUGCAUAGGUUAACCACAUCUCAACUCCUCCCCAUCAUCAAUAAAAACUAUUCUAUAUUAAUAUAACAAAAUAAUUAUAUUUUUCAAAACAAAUAUUUAAUGAGAAAAAUAAUAUUUGUUAUGUUUUUACAAAUGUCUUAAAUGACUCACUCAAUUGAAGACAGUUUGAAUCCACAUUUGAUCUGUUGUAAUUUAUAGUUGAAAAAUAAGGAAUCCAGCCUCACUCAAAUCUGUGGUUAGAAAAGUGUCUCUGUCAGCUUGAAUAUUGUGCUUUGAUACCAAAACAAAAAUUGGCAAGUGGUAUAUAGGAUCUUAUUGUUGUUGAGACAAGAUCUCUCAGAUUUUUGAUUCUGCCUCAGUCUCCCAAGUGUUAGAAUUACAGGUAUACAUCAGCACGCCUGGUUUCAGAUGUUAGCUCUUCCAAGUUAGUUGGAAUGAAAUGAGGGAGAUAGUCAAUGUGUGCAGGUUAAACGAGUGAUCUGAUUAGGGUCUUAUCUUCAGUUUAAAUAUAUUUCAGUCAUGUCAUAUUAAAGAGGCCUACCCUUGAGCCAGUAGAAUUGUGUCUAGAUCAUCAUGGACUCUGCUGACAACAGAACUGAUCUGCCAGGCAAGAUAUGCCCCUAAUAUGAUAGUAACAUGAAGAUUAUGGUAGUAACUAACCAUUUUAUGGUUGGUUUUGAAGCCUCCUCUGUAUCAUGCUGUGAACCUGAUCAAAAGCUCAUGGCCAGAGAGGUCAUAGGCUCUAAAAGAAAACCUGCUAGUGUUUCUCAAAAUGGA